AUUACCCUGAAUAGUAUCAUAAAGACCUUGAUCUAAAAGUCGUAGAUCUAGACUUAUAUCAGGUAGUCUAUAACGUAUUUUUCAAGCAAAUGUUUCAAGUAAAUUAUAUAGAUAUCUAGGUCAAAGGUGAAGGAAUACAUUAGUUUGUUAAAAAGUAUCUCGCCAUAUUAUGAUAAAUUUGUCACCGGUUUCUAUUCAGGAUAGAUCUAGAUCCAGAGUAAUCUAGAGUAUUCUAAAAGUCUAGACUCUAGACUAGAUUUAAUCUAUUCUAGAAUCCAGUCUUUAUCUAGAUCUACUACUCUUGGAACAGCAGCCUAGGUCUACUGAGAUCUUCUCUCAGCAAAUUUUAUGCAAAGUAUCUCAAAAUUUUCUGAUAACUUAAUAUGAAAUUAAUGUGACUGCAGAGAUCUAGUUCAGAGAUACUGAAUCAAACUUAAACAAUUAUUUCUGAUGUAAAAUCAUGUUUUCAAAUUAAAAUAUUGAACAAUUAUAACAUUUUUCUCACACACAAAUAAUGUCUGUUUUAAAGUUUCAAGUUAGUCUGCGGUAUGCUAAACAACAGAUACCAUGUUCAUAUUUUGGAGUCCCAUUUCCAAUUUGUAUUGAUAAAGACUGUACACAAUGUAUCAGUAGUCAACAAAAUAGUACAUUCCAAGCUACUAUCACAAAAAGAUUUCAUACAGAUGAUGCAGACAGAAAGCAAACUGAACCAUCUACAGCAUUAUCACAGUCAAACGUAAAUUCAGGUGCCUCAUUUGACAGAAAACAGAAAAUCUUAGCAGGUCUAAUGUCUAUAGGAAUUGCUAUUCCACAUAAAAUAUCAGAAAUAAACAAUUUUUUAACAGAUGCUUCUAAAAAGAUCAUGUCUCUAAGUCAAGAUGCUUUGAAAGGAAACAAUGUAAAAAGAGAGUCUAAAAAAGAAAAAGUAGAUGUUCAAGAGAGUUCCUUGGAGAAAACAGUGAUCCAAAUAAAUCAGAGUAUAGUGUCAUUUUAUGACACAUCAUGUGUUAAAGACAUGCCCCCUGCUCCUAAAAGUUCUUCAACUUACACUAUGUAUACACAUGAGGUCCAUGAAGACGAGCACCAGUAUGGAGAGGCCACAAAAGCCAUAGGACCUUUAUUUCCAAUCACACCAAAUGCCGAUGCAAAAAAGAAAAAAGCUGAGGCUCGGAGAGCUGAAAAAAUUUCAAGGCUUUCUUUAGAGUCCCGGACAAAAUCUCUGGUCCAUUCGUUGAAGUCAGCCCACUCAUUGAUGUCAAAAAUAACAAGGACAGAAGAGUUGUGUGAGCAUUUGAUUGCUCAUCCUGAAUGUGUGUGGGAAGCAACAAGUGAAAGAGUUGUCCCAUGUCUCUUGUCUCUAUUGAAGUGUCCAGACAAAGUGUUACAAGGUUUAGCCAUGGAGGCUCUCUCCUUGCUUGGCUACUGCAAACCACUUACAUCUCCAGGGAUCAGAGUGUUAUCAAUAGAUGGAGGUGGCACAAAAGGUCUGGUUGCCAUAGAGUUUUUAAAAGCUUUAGAGAAACAAACCAAUCGAAGGAUUUACCAGCUGUUUGACUAUGUGUGUGGUGUGAGUACUGGGGCUCUCCUGGCAGCCAUGGUUUGCUUGUACAAGAUUCCCUUGGAUAGAUGUGAAGAACUUUAUAAAGAUUGUUCUGUGCAAAUGUUCACAAGAAAUAAAGUAGUUGGCACAACCAAAUUGGUCUGGAAUCAUGGCUUCUAUGAUUCCCAGUCAUGGGAGGAGAUUUUAAAGAAAGAAAUAGGUGAACGAUUAUUUAUAGAGUUUUCACGUGAUCCAGAUGUGCCCAAGAUGUCUGCUGCUUCAACAUUAGUCAACUCAUCUGAAUUAAGCAAUUAUUUAUUUCGUACUUAUAACCUGCCUCCAGGAGUCACAUCACAAUAUCGUGGUAGCUGCAAAUACAAAAUUUGGGAAGUAAUAAGGGCCUCUUCUGCAGCACCUGGCUACUUUGAUUCAUUCACUUUAGACGAGGAUAUACAUGAAGAUGGAGGAAUAUUGACAAAUAAUCCAACUGCACUUGCCAUUCAUGAAUGCAGGCUACUCUGGCCCAACGAACAGUUCCACUGUAUAGUCUCCCUUGGCACUGGUAGAUCUGAAUCUAAGACUGUUUCACCUGGGAAAGUUACACUCAAGCAAAAAAUCUCCACACUAGUCAACAGUGCUACAGACACAGAAUCUGUUCAUCAUACACUGCAGGAUCUGUUACAGCCCAGAACAUAUUUUCGUUUUAAUCCAUAUCUAUCAGAAGAGUUUAGCUUGGAUGAAAUUAGGCCAGAGAAAAUUGCUCAGAUGCAAUUAGAUUCUCAGAUGUACACAAGAAGAAACAGUUACAAGUUAAUAGCAGCCUCUGAUAGGUUGACAGAGAAAAGAAAACCUCAGCAAUACAUUUAUGACUUAAUUCGUAAGAUGGCACAGCAAGCUUAAAUACCUUUUAAAAUAAACUAACUAUUGCUGGUUACAUUUUUUUCUUCUUUCAAGCUACAAAGUCAGUUGAAAACUGAAAUAUUUCAUAUCAAACUUUUUCUUUAUUACAUAACUGUGAUUUUAUAAAUACAAUUUUCUGACUCAGUUUUGUCUUGAUUGUAUAUAAUUUUAAUAAUAUAAUAAUGUUGUAAAGACUUCAUUACUGAAAUUGAUUCUGAACAAUUAUUUUUGUAAACUACAAGACAGUUAAAAUUUUUAUUUAUGAAAGAAAACACUUCUCAGUUAGUUGUUAUAUAAAGUUCUAAUAGAUUGAAUCUUGAUUUGUUAAUCUCUAGGAGAGAGAACUGCUUGUACAAGAGUUUAUUGUAUUUGUUAUAAGUAGUCCUAAAUGACUCUUGCAUGAUAAAUGAACGUACAAAGAGUUAAGCCUUAUCGCUAGUCAUAUAUAUGAAUACUGAAAACUGAUGCUUAUUAAUCUAGGAAAAGAUUCAUCUCUAAAAAUGAAAUAUCAAUGCAUACUUCAUAUUUAUUAAAUUUUGUUUCUCUUGUUAGUGAGAUUUAAAGUCUGUCUAUAAAAUUUA